AUGGCAGAGCAAGGAAGGCAAACUGCAGUCGAAGGCAACGGCACUGCCUCCGAAUUCCGCCAUCAAGCACUACCCGGUCCCAAAACAUACAUACGGUUGUUGAAGGUGCGCCGUGUCGCAAUUGGAGAUACAACGAUCAAGUUGAGAUGUAAGCUCAUGACAUGGCACGUCGACCAUGCACCAUCUUACCAUGCCAUAUCCUACGUAUGGGGCGAUCCUGAAGUUACCGCCAAAGUAAAGGUUAAUGGCAAAACCCUGAAAAUAACCACGAAUGAAGCAAUCUUGGAUUCACUUUUCUCCUUCGUGAAGAGGCCCUACUUCACACGCUUAUGGAUCCUGCGAGAAGUUUAUAUGGCUAAAAGUGUGAUUGUCUGCUGCGGUAUUGACCAUCGUCCAAUUGCCGAGUUGUUUGCACUACACAGCAUGCUACAUUUUGUCUUGACGCUGAAGAUCUUGCGUUUGUUGUGGGCACAAAGGCAGGCUGCUGCUGUUUUGUUUCCAUCCCCCGCUUUGUCCGAAACAAGGAAAAGGAAACGGAGAUAUAAACAUGAAUAUAUCCCGCUAAGGGUUUCUCAAGGGCCUGGAUAUUGUUCGGGCUAUUGUGAGAAUGUAUGUUUUGCCUACUUGGAAUUAGGGGGCAGCGAUUCCGCCGAGAGUUUGCCCUUACAUAUCUUAUUGAAUCUAACCGAAAACUUGGAAUGCCAAGAUCGGCGGGACAGGAUUUAUGGGAUCCUUUCCAUGGUUGGUUGGAAAUAUAUUCCAUAUAUAGAACCAGACUAUAAAAUAGAUACUUUCGAUCUCGCAUUACAAGCAAUGAAGACGAUCUUGAUACAAACACCCGCAAUUGACCGGCCCCGAGCUUCGCGUCUUGCCGACUCACUUAACCGGUCUAUGUCGCUGCAUAUGUAUCAUGAAACCCCAAAGCAUACUACUCUCGAACAUCAUACAGUGCGAAAGGCCAAAAUUGAAGAUUUGAAUUCACAUUGUUUUGUGGACUAUCAUUGGCUUUCUUGUGAGAUUACUAAAGACCACAGUAAUAUCUGGAAACUGGGCAUAGAAUUCGACUCCAUAUCUCAUCGGGACCUGAAGGGGUACAAGCAUCGUUGUAAGGUCCAUAAAAAUGAGACUCACUGUCAACGAAGAUUUUUCUUUGGGAACCUAGAAGAUAAGAUUUCAAACGAAUAUAUCCAAAUGAAGGAUCGUGAAGGAAACCUCAUGGCAUUACUACCUCAAGGCACAAAGUCAGGAGACUUUCUCUUGGGGGUUUGGAUCGCAAGAGGAAUGAAAAUUGAUUCUAAAUUCAGGAGAACAAAAACACCUCGCUAUCUAAUUCUGCGAAAAGAAGAACCAGGAUAUUAUUCCAUCGUUGGCCAAGCUAUAGUUGCGGGAGCAUGUGUAUCCCGUUAUGAUCAUAGUCAACCGUGGUUUCGUGUACAUUAUCAUCCUCAAGAUGCACUAAACUUGAUUAUCUCUUGGGCUCAAUGUGAAGCUUAUGAGAAGCGAGACCUUUCAUUGAUGACCUGGGAUAUGGCAAAAGAGCUACUUGAUCUCAAGGUCUGCAAUCAGCCCUUCUCUUCCUACGCAAUUGAGCAGCACGGUCAAUUCAUCGAGAUAUAG